CCCCACACUGAAGAAGUCUCUUAAAUGUGCCCCCAAACAGACAGUGGUUGCACGGAUAAUCGAAAUGGAGAGAUAUGCUUAAAGAAGGUUUUAGUCGAAUGUCUACUAGUUCCUCAUAUGAGUUCAGGCACCGUGUAAAGGAGGAGGAGGAUCACAUCCGGGGUUGGUUUUACCCUAUUAACGAAACCCGGAAAGAAGCAGCAGCAGAAGAAGACUGUUCUGUAGUCGGAGCACACAAACAAAAAGGAGGAGUCGUAGCGGUGUGGGGCGCUGCUUGUGGCGCAGACACGGACUCUGUAAGGCGGUGAUAUGUGAUAGCAGCAGCAGCAUGCCGUACCUGGACCGUCUGAAUCGUGUGUGUGGCUUUUUGGAUAUUGAAGAGAAGGAGAACAGCUGCCGUUUCCAGAGGCGCUACUUCAUCCUGGAUACCGAGGAGAAUGCUUUGCUGUGGUACAUGGACAACCCUCAGAACCUGCCCAGUGGAGCAAGCUUUGUUGGCAGUCUGAGACUAACCUACAUCUCCAAGGUGAAUGAAGCUACGGCAAAGCAGAAGCCAAAGACCCAGUUCUGUUUUGUCAUCAAUGCCGUAUCCCGGAGGUACUUUCUCCAAGCCAACGAUGUAAUGGACAUGAGAGACUGGGUUGCAGCUCUUAACCAGGCCAGCAAGAUCACUGUUCCUAGGUCUGGUCCUGCAUCUCAGAGGUCCCAUAUGUCUGCAGUUGUCAGUGACAUUCAUGGAGGAAAGAAACAGCACGCAUACAAGACGGAGAUCAUAGGCGGAGUGGUAGUGCACACUCCUAUUCAGAAUGAAGCAGAAGAGACUGAAAAGAAGGGCGUCAGGCCUGGUGUGGUGAGGUCCAGUUAUUGUGUCAAGCAAGGCAAUGUUAGAAAAAGCUGGAAGAGACGUUUUUUUACCCUGGAUAACAACGCAGUCAGUUACUACAAGACUGAGAUGGACAAGGAGCCUCUACGAGCCAUUCCCCUGAGAGACAUUCAGAAGGUCCAUGAAUGUCUUGUCAAGUCGGGUGAUCUGCUGCUGAGAGACAACUUGUUUGAGAUCAUCACUGGAUCCCGAACUUUCUACAUUCAGACAGACUCUCCAGAGGACAUGCAUGGCUGGAUUAGGGAUAUCGAGAUUAAGAUUCAGGAUUUCAGAGGCCCCCCGAAGGGCUUUUCAUUUAAAAGGGGUUCAUCUCUCUAUCGAAGUCACAAGGCUUCCACAUGUCAAGUUCGACAAUGCGAUGAGCGCCGCCCAACUCUCGCCAAGUCAUGCUCCGUGGCGCCGGGCUGGCAGCCGUGGACACCUGUCCGUGCGUCUGGGCCCGCCAUCAUGGAUGCUGAAGACGAUGACAACGUUUUCAGCGCCGUGCCUACCUUGGCUUCACUCUCCUCCUCCCCCAACUCUUCCUCUACCUCCUCUUCCUCCAACUCCCUCUCCACUCUAGCUCCUUGCCCCACUGCGCCCUCCGUUGGACUGGGUAUCCUCACUGCAUCCGGGGAUGUGGCGUGCGGGCGUCGCAGGCAUCGCUCGCAGCCUCUGUCUCACACAGCGUGCACUUUCCCCUUCAACUUGGAUGAUGACAGCAUCCGUACCACCGAUGUCUAGGUUCUAUGGUUCUGUGUGGUUCUAUGUGGUUCUUGUUACGUACUUUGUAGUGAAUGUGAGUGAUCGUGGUAGUGUUCCCGGUAGGUGCCGUGACCUGCAAUGAGGGCCCCCCCCUGCUGGUCAUGUAGCUGUGUUACAGAUAACGAGGAUAAACAGUGUUGGAUUCUCAGAGGAAUGUGUAAAAAAAUAGGAUGAAGCCUUUUAUUGUUGUUGAUGUUGUGCAGCUUCCUCUGAAAACUUGAAAACAUGGUGUUAAUUGUUCUAAUAGGGCUACAAAUUAUGUUUUUAACCCUUAGCACUUGGCUACAGUCAGACAAGGUCUCUGCAAAAAAAAUAACAUGCUAAAUACUCAGGCAUGUGUUUUUCACUGUUAAUAAGCUUUUCAUUUAGUAUUAUUUACAGAGACACAUGACACAAAGGUCUGGCAGCAGCCUUUUUAACAUUCAACAAGCAUUUCCUGACCACAAGUGAAAGUAGUAACCUCAAACUUAAGAAACAAGCUCAAACCACCCUGAUGAUCAGCACAUUGAAUUUUAGCAUGCUUUUUUUUUAAUCAGGAUUUUAUACAUGGCGCAGAAAACGGUAACACCUUGUUAUAUAGUACUGCAACUUUUAUGGUACUUGAAGUAUAUACUGCUGAUUAGCAGGUUGAAAAGUAUCUAAAUGUGAUUUUUUUUCUCCUUGCAGCAUUAUGAGGGUGUAAAAUGCUGCCACUUCAUGUAAUUUAUUCGCAUUUUUGCACUUAUUUUAUUUUUCUACUUUUGCAUAUGCUUCACCACUUUCACAACAUCCUGUAAGGUGCCUCAAAUAGUUUGUGUUGUAACACCGGUGCCUUCAACUCAUGCUUGAAUGCUCUGUUCCCUUCAUAAUUUGCCUUCUUUUAUAUUAAAUUCUGUUUUUUUA